UGUUGGUUCGUCACGAUGGGUAAGUGAACGCCAUGACAAGCGGGUCGGACCGGGUACUGGGCGUCAGGCUCCCAGCGAGGUUGGCUGAGGGCACCUGCUCGCACGAGCGGGUGCUGCUGCGGCCAGUCCGCUUCGACUCCAGGACCGAGUGCUGGGCCAACGGGACUGGCAGACAAGCACGUGGAAAACGUGAGGGACUGGGUCUGGGUCUACGGCCUGACCCAGGGUGGCUGGCCGCAUGGGCUGAAGGUGGUGAGGUUCGGAGCCGCCUGGAGCGCUGCAGAGAUGCUGGCGUAAGUGCUGGGGGUUCGCGACGAAGCGGUACGAGUGAGAGCUAAGCGGGGAUUGCCCUCAUGUUGGGCGGGAAGCUGGGCGAGGAUCCGACGACCUUCGUAGACUGGCGGGGGAGGGGGCUUCGCGUGGGAGGACAGUGCCCUCGGGGGCUCGGGGGUGCGCAGCGGCGAUUCGCUGGGACAGGAGUGAGCUCCGAGGUGCGAGCGGCGGAGCAGCCCGAGGACGAGAGAGACAGCAGGCCUCGGAUCGACUCGGAUGGUGCGAUAGUGCCAGCCGGCGACGAAGCGGAGCCGAGCACGCCGCUGCCGCCGCCGAGGGAGGCCCCGGCCUUGGCCGACGCCCCACUGGGGCUGUCUGCGGCGGCCCCGAGCGGCCCCCAUGGGAUCGCACGUGCACGUGGUGGCCGAGGCGUUGGUGCCCAACGGGCUGCGGCUGGGGGGGGCCCAGUGACGUCGGCGAAGACAGAUCGGAGCCUCCCGUAGUUCUAGUUGUUGAAAUUCAUUGCUGCCACUUCCGCCUACCUCCCUUCCCGACGCCGUUUUCUGCUACAAGCCCUCCCGAUGCUAGGGCCGAGGGAGGGCUUAGCCUCUUUUGACCUGCCUGCAGCAAGGCAGAACCGCUUGUGGUG